AUAUAGAGCGAGGUUCCACUUCAAAGGGCUCAAUUUGACGCCUCAACCAAUCCAUCAUCCAUGGACUCAACCCACAUCCACUCACUACCUGCCUUGUAUGUUAGUGGCGUUAUUGCCACUAACGAAAAGAUAUUCCCCCUUUUUCUAGGAUGAAGAUAAUACAUAUAUUUUGGUAUUUCAUUUCACCCUUUUAUCUUCUUCUUCUUCCUUCCUUUUUUUUUUUUUUAAUCAUUAUUUUAAAAGGACUCCCCACUGCCCUACGUAAACAAACUUUUUCCAUUUUAUUUUUCCUUUCUGCAAAAUAAUUGCUGCUAUGAUACAUUAGAAGUUCAGCAUCUGUUCGUGUUCCUUUCUACCUUUUCCCUUUCAUCUGGUUAGGUGCCUCACCCAAUUAAUUCUGUAUGCAAAUUAUCUGUUUUGAGUUCUAAUCUUUCCAAUAAUUUUUAAUUUGUCACUGAAGAGCGCCUUUCUUGGGAGUUCCAAUCUUACGAUGAGAUCCAUGUCACCAUCGUAAUGGCUAGGCAAUGCAACGCUAUCACAUUACGACGAGACUUGCCAUUGCGAUUCAUAAACUUCAAAGGAAAGGCCCCAGACGAUGACUUAUCCCAAACAAGUCACCCAGCUCCAUUGCAAUUCCACCAACCAUUCACCAUUUGUCUUCAAAAGAAGCUCAUUCCAAGUCAAGAACUUUACGGUCCGUAAUAGUCAUUGCUGCAAUGGUGGUGUUGGCUAGUAUAUGUCCAUGAAUAAAAUUUGAGAGUUAGU